UUGUCUGCUACAUUCACUCGUAGAAUCAGAUCUCGAUCUCGAUCUCGAUAAGUUUUCUUUUAAAUAAAAAAAAACGCGGGUAUUUUACUCGGUAAAAUAGAUCGCGGUCAAAUGAAUAUGACCGGUCGAGUCUUCAUAGAAAUGAUAGCGAUAACCAGUUGCGGGUACGUCUGAUAAGGAUAGAAAAUAACGUGAUACACAUUAGCUGAGAUAAGAAAGAAGAAUAAGUGAGAGAGGGUUCAAGUCUAGCUGAUAGAGUUGCCAGAGGAAUCAAGAGUCAAGAGGUGAGGGUAUAAAGUUAUUUUCUAUCCCACAUAAAAACGUCAUGGCAGCUUGCAGUGUUUUUUAAAAAAGCUGACCACUGUUUGUUAAACAAUGUCCUGUUAUUUAAUUAGCAGGGUUACAAGUUAAUUUUAGUUGAAUAUUUAGCGGACAUGAGUUAUUUGUUGCUAAAAAUGUAUUUCUGUGUAUGCAAAUUGCCGGCAAGACGUUCAAAGUCCAUGUUUGUCAGGACUAACCUAAAAUCGUCAUGCUCAAUCAGCUCAACACAACCUUUGGAUUUAACGUCUGUACUAAACGUCUACAUGUAGAAAUAGAGUGUGAUCUUUUAUCUUGAGUAUGUAUAAUGGAUUUAUUUAAUGUAAUUACGAUAAUCUACUCGAACACAUGGAACCUAAAUUGAUAAAAAAUAUAUUUUGGUAUCAGAGUUGGUGAUGGUGGUGAGUUGGAUUUGUGAAUAAAAUUAAAAAUAGUGAUGAGACUUGAAUUGGUGAUUACAAUUGGCUAUGAAGAAAUAUUCACCGAUAUAUACCACAAGUUUUAAAUACGUAAUUGCUGAGUCUGCAUAUACGUAUUGUUAUUAUAAAAAGCGGAUGCUACGUGUCGUGUUUUGUAGCCUAGAGAAGUCAAGUACUUCGGGGACUACUGAAUAUUCUGCUUCGAUUUAUCAAAGCAAUAUCUCGCAAUGGAGUCAAUUUUCAUCUAGUAUAAUUCAAUCGCCAUAUACUCUGAGAUUAUUAAUAUUAAUACUCGCAAUUAUUUUUUACUAUAAAUAUUGCAAUGCAUUUUCAAUAUAGCACAGUGAUUUUAAAUAAUAUUAUUAUUAUUAUUAACAGUAAUAAUAUUAAUAACAAACGAGAGACAAUACUAUAAAUUAAAUGUAAUCGUGAGUGUAAAUUAACGCGAGUUAAAUAACAAAUAAUUAUUAAAUAAAUAUGCAAGCCAAAAAACGGUACUUACUACUAUUUGUCACGUGCGCGUUUCUUGGCUACUGCUACUUUGGCGGGUACAGAUUAAAAAGUAAAAGGCGGAAUGAAAUAACACACGAUUACUGGGAAAAAUUGCCAUCUUAUUUGUCUAUUAAUGAAGAAUUUUAUGAUAAGGAUAUCAAAAUUUCAAAUGGUAAAUUGUCAGUGGUCCAUCCUGCCCGACAAUGUCGUAUGGAGACUUGUUUCGACUACACAAGAUGCAAGCAGGGAUUUACUGUUUACGUUUAUCCCAUAGAAGACACCAUAAGUCCUUUGUACCAAAAAAUAUUAAAUGUUAUAACCGAGUCGCGUUACUAUACGACAGAUCCAGCACGCGCGUGCAUACUCGUACUGGCGCUGGAUACGCUGGAUCGUGACCCUCUGUCUACUGAGUUUGUUCAUAAUUUGCCGUCUAAACUUAUGCGCCUCCCUUACUGGAAUGAAGGACGCAAUCACCUCAUAUUCAAUUUGUACUCCGGGACUUGGCCGGACUACGUCGAGGAUGCGCUGGCUUUCAACAUCGGGUACGCGAUGUUGGCGAAAGCCAGCAUGUCCACCAGCGUGCUCAGGCCGAACUUCGAUGUCUCGAUACCGCUCUUUGGUAAACAGCAUCCGGAGCGCGGGGGAGAACCUGGUCAGGCGUCGGAAAAUAAUUUUCCGAGCAACAAAAAAUACCUCGCGGCAUUCAAGGGUAAAAGAUACGUACACGGCAUUGGCUCGGAAACGAGAAAUGCACUUUACCAUCUUCACAAUGGGAAGGACCUGGUCUUCGUUACGACUUGUAGGCACGGUAAAUCUUGGAGAGAACUGCAGGAUGAACACUGCCAGCAGGAUAACCAAGAAUAUGAUACGUACGAUUAUGAGGUUUUACUGUUGAACUCAACGUUUUGUUUGGUACCGAGAGGACGUAGGCUCGGCAGUUUUAGAUUUCUAGAAGCUCUAAAAGCCGGAUGUAUUCCAGUUAUUCUGAGCAAUGGGUGGGCCUUGGCGUUUCACGAUCGUAUUGACUGGAAUCAAGCGGUUAUAUUUACAGACGAACGAUUGUUAUUUCAAAUUCCUGACAUACUGCGCUCUGUUUCAAACACGCAAAUUCUUAAAUUAAGACAGCAAACACAAUUUUUGUGGGAGCGAUACUUUUCUUCAAUUGAAAAAAUAAUUUUCACAGUAUUUGAAAAUAUCCGUGAGCGGUUGCCCUGGGAAGGCGCACGCGAAAAAUUAAUGUGGAAUACAUAUCCUGGUGCAUUGGCCAUCCUGCCUCAGUUUGCUGACAGUCAGCAGGAGCUUCCGUUUUCUAAUAAUGAUCCGGGCAAUGCAUUUACUGCCAUUAUUUAUUCUCAGUUAGGAUCCACGGCUGUUCUUUAUCGCUUACUUCGAAGUGUUGCUAAGAGCAAAUAUUUAGAUAAGAUUAUUUUAAUGUGGAAUUCUGACAUUCCUGUACCAAGAAGGCCGCGCUGGCAGGGAAUAAAAGUAACGAUCACAGUGAUAGUCGCGAGCAGUAUCUCCCAGCGCUUCUAUCCCUAUCCUCAGAUCGAAACUAGUGCCAUAUUAUCGUUGGACGAGGACGUAACUCUAAAUACAGACGAAAUAGACUUUGCAUUCGUCGUCUGGCAGUCAUUUCCUGAUCGGAUAGUCGGGUAUCCGGCGAGAUCUCACUACUGGGACGACUCCAAGAGAUCGUGGGGUUACACCAGCAAAUGGACAAACGACUACAGCAUAGUGUUGACGGGGGCAGCUUUUUAUCACCGUUAUUAUAAUACUCUGUACACCGAAUCACUGAGCUCGACGCUGCAUAAAACGGUCGAGCAGUCGCAGAAUUGCGAAGACAUACUUAUGAAUUUUUUGGUGAGCCAUGUGACAAGACGGCCGCCUAUUAAAGUGACUCAGCGUAAACUUUACAAAGAUACCACGGCAGCUGGAAUUAGGUCCUCGUGGAAUGACCCAGAUCACUUUACUCAGCGGCAGACCUGCAUGAAUACUUUUGUGGCCGUUUUCGGUUACAUGCCUCUGCUGCGCUCCAACAUGAGACUGGAUCCUGUGUUGUUUAAAGACCCGGUUAGCAAUUUACGUAAAAAAUAUCGACAAAUUGAAUUAGUUAGUAACUGAAUUUAUUUACGAACAAAUUAAUAAUAAUAAUGAUAAUAACAAUAAUAAUAAUAAUAUUAAUAUUAAUAAUAAUAUAAAUUAAAUGGAGAUUACUCAAUGGAAGGCAUCGCCGGGUGUUUGCUGGUAGAGCCAUAAUUAAAUUGUCAAUAAUAAGCUCGAUAUCGCGAGUGAACUGAUAAUGAUAAUGAUAAUGACGAUGAUGGAUAAGAUUGUUUGAGGAAACAAUGCAUUUUUUAAUAUGAAUAUGAACAAAAUAUUUUUUUUGACACAUUUGUUACUAUGAGAUUAAUACACUUCGAUCAAAAAAUCAUUUUAAUCAUUCCGCGACUUUGUUAUAAAUUUUUUCAUUGCUAAAUAUAAAUAAAUAAAUAUAUAUAUAUAUUAAUAUAAAUAUAAAUACACUAAUUUACGGUGAAAUAUAUAUCCCGUGUGAUAUUUCAUCAGGGCCAUCAUAAUAUAUUAAGUUGUGUAAAUAAAUAAAAAAUCGUUUCAUAGCCAUUAUUAUUAAUAAUAAAACAAUAUAUUAUUUAACAGA